AUGUAUAUGGUCACAGAACUGAAGGUCAAGGAAGAAAUAGAAAGGUUGCUCAAAGUAGGAUUCAUUAGGCCAGCCAUUUAUGCUGACUGGCUAGCCAAUAUUGUACUAGUUCUGAAAGGAAAAACAAGGGCAGUUAGGAUCUGUGUGGAUUACAGGAAUCUGAAUGAAGCAUCUCCCAAAGAUGAAUAUCCUAUGCCAAUGGCAGAUUUGCUAAUGGAUGGAGCUGCUCAUAACCAAAUACUAUCUUUUAUGGAUGGCAAUGCAGGAUAUAAUCAGAUUAUGGUGGUAGAAGAAGACAUCCACAAGACAGCUUUGAUGUGCCCAGGACAUAUAUGUGCUUUUGAGUACACUGUAAUGCCUUCUGGCUUAAGAAAUGCAGGAGCCACUUAUCAAAGAGCAAUGAAUUCUGUCUUCCAAGAUAUGAUAGGGCAUUCUCUAGAGGUAUACAUAGAUGAUGUGGUGAUUAAAUCCCCAUACAAGGGAGAUUAUGUACCAAAUCUAAGAAAGGCAUUCCUAAGAAUGAGACAACAUAAGUUGAAAAUGAAUCCCAAAAAAUGUGUUUUUGGAGUUCAGGCAGGAAAUUUCUUAGGUUUCUUGGUCCACCAAAGGGGCAUAGAGGCUGACAAAAAUAAAGCUAAAUCCAUCAUAGAAGCUCUACCACCUCAGAACAAGAAAGAGUUGCAGAAACAGCAUCAACAGGCUUUUGAGGAAAUCAAGAAUUACCUCUCAAAUCCGCCAGUUCUGUCCCCACCAAAGAGAGGCAGACCACUCAAACUCUAUGUUUCUGCAUCAGAAGUGUCCAUUAGGAGUUUGUUAGUUCAAGAUAACAAAGAAGGGAAGGAGCAGGUAGUCUACUAUCUCAGCAGAACUCUGACAGAAGUAGAAAGGAAAUAUUCUACAAUUGAAAGGCUUUGCCUAGCCUUAUAUUUCACUGCUGUGAAACUUAGACACUACAUGCUGCCAUUCAUCAUCUACAUCAUUUCCAAGAUAGACUUAAUCAAAUACAUGCUGACAAGGCCAAUGUUGAGAGGCAGAAUUGGAAAAUGGACUCUGGCUUUGACAGAAUUUGCUUUCAGAUAUGUUCCUCAGAAAGCUAUCGAAGGACAAGCUGUAGCAGACUUCCUAGCCGAUCGUCCAGGAGAAGAGAUUGAAAACAUGGACUCUUUGGACAUAGCAAACGCAACUCUGCUGACUAGAGCUCAUAUUUGCCUUAACAAUCAUAUCUAUUCAGUUCACCUCACACCUUGGAAGCUAUACUUUGAUGGAUCAAAAACUGAUUGCACCAACAACAGGGCAGAAUAUGAGGCUUUAAUCAUUGGCCUAGAAAUGCUGGUGGAAUUAGGAAUCCAAUCUAUUGCUGGAGAAUACAAGUGCCUAAGUCCUUCUUUAGUUGUUUAUCUAGUGGCAGCCAGAAACCUUCUAACAGAAUUCAGAGAAGCUACUUGGGAGCAUAUCCCAAAAGAAGAAAACUUUGCAGCCAAUGAAUUGGCUCAGGUAGCAACAGGUAUACAAAUGCCUGAAGACUGUGUGCAAAGGAUCAUCAAGGUGGGAAAGAAAAGUCUACCAUCUGUUAUGACCAGAGAAAUGGAGAUAGAUGUCAAUUAA